CCUCCGCACUUCCAGGACAUGGAGGAUAGUGCCACUAAGAUGCCAAUACUCCUGCCUAGGAAAGGGGAUCGCACAUAGGUGCAGGGACAUGUGCCUUUUACCCAGAGCUACCCUGGGGGUGAAAGGGAUGCUCAGGCUGGGGAUGGGUGGGGGUUGUCUCUCGCUGCGAGGUUGGGGGCUAGGGUGACACCGUGCCAUGGCUGGGUGACGUCGCGUGACGUCCUGUGGUGGGUGACGUCAUACUGACAGAGAGGUGGGCGAUGUCGCGCUGUGGGGAGGGGUUGGGGCGGCGGGAUGAAUCACGCUAAAGUGACGAUGACGGACGGCGUGACGUCACGCCGAGACAGGACUGGGAGGGAGGGGUCACUCUCACCUACCCGCGACGGCGGCUCCUCGCGACUUGUUGCUAGGCGAUCGGACGCCGGGGCUGCCGAGGCGCCGCUGCAGUGCGACAAGGCGGGAGGGAAGGGGGGCGGAGACUCGACGGCAUGACGCCGUCUCUCUAGGGGAGGCUGCACCGCGCCACCCAAUUCGCUGCUCUCUGUCAGAGAAGGCGGGGCCGCUUGCGGUGCUGCAGGCUGAUUGGUUAACGUGCCAAAAGAUGAGUCGAGGGUACUCGGAAAACAACAACUUUCCAUAUGACAAUAAUCAAAUGGUUUUGGACAUGAUCCUGUACUCUUUAAUCAGUGUUCCACAGCCUAUCAACUGGGACAGCGUGGCAAGGCUGGUUCCAGGAUUUACAUCCAAAGAGUGUGCAAAAAGGUUUGAUGAACUGAAAAGCAGUGGAAGUUCACCUGUUGACAAUCAGUACAAUCCAUUAAUGGCUAGUGGCGGGAGUCCUGUUGAAAGCCUUGCUACGUAUAUCAAAUCCUCUCUGCUGGAUACCCAGGGGGAGUUUCAAGAGCCUUCCGUUGGGCAGAAUACAAUUUCCAUAAGUGGAAGGUCCAGUGUCACUUCCACAAGAAACUGUUCUUCUGAAGAUGAGAAACACCCUGCACGUAAAGGUGGAGAAAAUGCUGAUGAAAGUCAAGGGCCAAAUAUGGUGAUCCAUGUAUGUGAUGAAGCAAAAAAUUUGAAGGAAGAUUUUAUUUGCCCUCGAGACCUUUUGAUUUCUGAAAUGAAGUACUUUGCUGAAUAUCUGUCUGUAGAUGCCCAGCGCUGGGAAGAGGUGGACAUUUCGGUUCACUGUGAUGUUCACAUCUUUGACUGGUUGAUGAGAUAUGUUAAAAGGAACACUAAGGAAUAUGAGGUGCAUAAAAUACCCACUUUAGAACCGGGAAAUGUCAUUUCUAUUCUUAUUUCUUCUGACUUUUUGAAGAUGGAUUCAUUAGUAGAAAAAUGUGUUCAUUAUUGCCACAAAAAUAUGAGUGCUAUCAUAGCUACCCCAUGCAACAUGAACUGUGUCAGUGGUGACCUCCUUAAGCGUAUCGCUGAUCUUUUCACUCACAAUGAAGUGGAAGAUGUGAGGGACAAAAAAGAUAAAUUUAAGAGUAAACUUUUCUGCAAGAAGAUUGAGAGACUGUUUGAUCCAGAAUACCAGAAUCCAGAUUCUCGAGGAAGUGCAGCAACAUUGUACAGGUGCUGUUUAUGUAAGAAGCUUUUAACUAAAGAAACAGAAAGAAGAGUCCCUUGUGUUCCAGGAAAAAUCAACAUAGAUCAACAUGGAAAUAUUAUUUAUGUUCACAUAAGAGAUAAAACUUGGGAAGUCCAUGAAUACUUGACCAGUCUUUAUGAAGAAUUAAAAUCUUGGCGAGAUGUGUACUGGCGUCUUUGGGGGACUGUCAAUUGGCUGAGUUGUUCAAGAUGUAAUCAAUCUUUCCUAUGUACUGAAUUUUCACACUGCCAGUACCACACACAACCAGUUCUUUACCCUGGUGUGGCAAGCGCACUGGGCACCACUGGCACAGGAAUAUAUCCCUGCUGUAGUCAAAAAGUUCUUCGAUUUGAUCCUACUCCACUUCCAAAGGGCUGUAAAGUGCGGGAUCAUGUGAUCGGUUUACCAGCUGGAGGUGAAGGUGGGGAUACUCUGCCAUAUCAAACUACUAAAAUAUUGAAUGAUCUGCUUCAGCAUAGAGAUGUUGUUGUUGUACCUUUUUCUAACGAUCAGAAUAGUGAUUCUGGGAUUGGGCUGUGUGAUGAGAAGGGGAUUGAGUGUGAUGUGCUGGUAGAACCGAAUAUGCUAUGGGGCCCAAAAACUGGAGAAAUCAAUGCUUUUCUUUCUCUGAAAAACUGGACUCUGCAACUGAAACAGCAGUCAUUACUCUCAGAAGAGGAGGAGUAUACUACUGGCUCAGAGGUCACUGAGGAUGAAGUGGGGGAUGAUGAGGAAGCAUACAAGAAACCAGGAAGAAAAGAUAAGCCAAAAAAAUUAAUCAAACAUCCAAAGAAGCAAGUUUCUUCACCUAGUGUUCAAAAAAAGGAGAAACCAAUGGAGAAGUCAAAUUCUCGAGAUGCAUCUCCAUUCAUUGUGAGUAUGCAGCAGAAUAAGUGGGAUGCUUCUAGAUCACUGAGAUUCAACCAAGAUGCUCAAAGAGAAGAUGAUCAGCGAAGGAUGUGUGAGAUUACAGGGCACCUAAUAAAAAUGAGAUUGGGAGACUUGGACCGGGCCAAGUCAAAGGAAGCCAAAGAACAUGCAGGUGGCAUUUACUCUAGACUUGAAGCUCAGAUAAAGGCUUCAGCGCAAGUCAGUGCUCGCCAAAAUAGCACAGAGAAAAACACAAAGUCUAAAUCUCGCUUCGGUCAAGGCCGUCCAACCUAAGGAACCUCAGGGAGAAACCAUAGCCAGAAUUCAUUGCUGCUUCCUGGAACUGUACUGUAUGCCAAUAUGGAGAAUGCAUUCUCCAAAAGCUUUUAAGUGACUUAUUUAUUAUUUAUUACUGUAAGCCAUGUAAAUUAUCCUGUUAUGAUGAAUGAAUGCAAAAUGCAGAAAGGUGAAAUACUCAUUUUAAUUGUAAAUACAGUUUCUUAUAUUGCUUUUUAGGCUAUUGUGUUAAGCUACAUAGAAAACAUUUUAUAAACCUGCAAAGUUAAAACAUUUGAAAAUCCUUGCUUAUUGAAGAGUAGUGCUUACAAGCUGCUCUAUAUCAUCACUUUAACUGCUAGACAUUUUAAAAUGAAGAAACUACUGAAUUAUAAGUGCAAUCAACAAUGUUUAAAAUGCAUCAUCUAAUACUGUGAUUUGAAUUAUACAUUUUGGUUUCAGUCUGAGGAUGAUCUAAUCUUGCUUAUACUGGUUUGACUCAUGUAACUUCAUGGAAUUACUCCUGAUUACUCCGUGGAAUUACUUCUGAUUGACAAGGAUUUAAGUGAAAUCAGAAUCGGGCUUCUCUCCCCAUGCCCACACAACUUCCACUUAUGGUAAGGUGAGCAUCAAGGGGGAGUAGACCUCCAAAGAUCACAUGAAAUGAACCUACUGAAGGUAUAACUUUGCAUAUUGCAUGCGGCGUUCAUUUUUCUCAACUUUACUGCAUGGAAACAAUAUGUUUGUUCCUAUUUUGAUCCUCACUCCUCUUCUGCAUCAUACAGUUCUUUGUUUUCUUUUGUCUGAAUUUACGGGCAUAGUAAAGCAGUUUCUUCCUUUUAGUAAUACCAGUGUCACUGUAACUUUGCUAGCGGAGGUGAUGCAUGUUCUGUACCUUUUGAAAUGAAAGGAAAUCACUUUGAGGCAUCUUGCCUAUGUGGAUUUGGGCUGGGAUGUUCCUAGACCUUCCUGAAUAAUCCUAUUUGGCAAUAUAAUGUUCUGACAUGGAAUCUGGAAUUACCAUGUUUGCUUUAGUGUGCAGUCCAGUAGUACCACAAUGGAACAACUUGCCUAGGAAAAAAUGUGUUUAUUCAAAGAAAAUUGCAAUAAACCAGUAUUUUGAAAAUAUCAUUCUGAUUUUUCUAACCAGGCGAAAAGAGCACUCAGGGAAAACUUGUGCCAGACCAUAAUCAUUCAAUAAAAUGUGUGUUUGGAAAUAAGUUCAAAAUCUCUGGGGGAAAAAAUUCUUCCUUAAAAUGUAUGGUCUCUAUUUGCAGGCCUUUUUUUUUCCUUUUUUCUAGAAGUUUUCUAAUAAUUGGAAAUUAGGCAUAAUGAUUGAGAGAGGAUGUAAGGUCAUUAAAAACUGUAUUAGCUCUGUUUACAUGUGUUCCUCCAAGUUAAUAUCUAUCCAAAACUCACUGAAACCAAUGGAAGAACUUCUAUUGACUCUGGUGACCUUUGGCUUGUGGCAUGAUUGGUAGGUUCGCAACAGUGCUUUAUCUUAUAUUUUAUUAAAGACAUGGCUUUAGCAAAACCCAUGGUUUGUUUGCAAAAAAAAAUUUUGCAUUUUAGAAGUUAAAUGUUUUAUACUAAAUAUUAUUUGAAAAAUUAAUUUUCUUAGAAAAUGGUUUACAAUUCACUGUGUAAAAAUGUGUUCUAGUUUACUAGCUUCUCUGGAAGUCUCUCUAAAGCUGUACAUGUAAACUUUGCUAAAAAAGUUGCAAAUUGAACAAGGAGAGGGCAUGUGUGUGUGUCUAAAAGAUUUCUUAGAACUUUCAAAAUAUCAUUUUAUGUGCCAUUAUUCUUCAUAAUAUUGUAUUCAACGUGUGCUUUCUCUUUUUUAUAAACAUGUGUCUGUAAUGUAGGUAGUGGAAGUGUAAUUCAAAUUGUUUUAAGUAUUAAUAGUAUUUUCUUUGACAAAUUCCAUUAAUUUUUAUCCUGAAUUAAUUUUGAAGUCCUAUCUCAGUUUUACUGAAAUAAAUGUUACUGAUUUAAAAGCAGUUUGUUUUUAGUAGACUUGCAAGAGCCAAAUAAAUUAUCUAGUGGGAAAUGUUAUUUGUUUCAGAUCAUAAUGAUUCUUUUAUGUCCUGUCCCUUCCUCAGAUACUUAAACAUUGUCUCCCCCUUGUUUUUUAAAGUAGCUGCAUAACACUUCUUGAAGCAUUGUGGUACAGACUUCCUACCCAAGUCCUGAGAGCAGAAUUAAAUUUACUACACAGACAAUACAAAGUAUCCUGCUGUUGAAGAAUUAUGCAGGUCUAUAGGCCAAGAUCAAAAGUCCUAAUGGAAAGAUCCAUUGACUUCAACAGGCUUUCCUGUAGGCAUCAUGUGUGCCUUUUAUGGGAAAGACUAAAAAGUGCAAAAGUCAAACUAAGCCACAGCCAAAAACAUUAUUAACUUCAUCCUCUAGUUACAGGGUACUGAUCACGUUUGCAAAUGGGCAAACAUAACUUAACAAUAUGAGCAUAGAAUAGUCAAUGCUGAGGUGCUUGUACGUAGGUGAGAAGUGCUCCUCCUUCUGUACCAGAGUCCCAGCACCAAUCACCAUGCCUUGAAAAAUGCAUAAAAAACAACUUGCCAAAAGGGGACAAUUCCCAAGAUGGCCAGUCCUGGGGAGCAGAGUAGAGUGCGAUGUAAGUCAAAGCAAUACUCUACAUCUCUGCCACAGAAUUCAACACCAAAAUGUGAGAAUAGACUGAUGUAGAAAGAGAAGAAUUUCCACAGCCAGUGGAAAUUCCUGGACAUGUAACCUCACCUGGGCUAUGUUUAGACUACGGAGUUUUCCCGAGAUACCAGAGUAUCAGAGGGGUAGCCGUGUUAGUCUGAAUCUGCAAAAGC